CCCUGUAUAUCGUAUUGAGUGGUCUCCAUUCCUCCCUGACGUCUUCCUAAGCUGCAGUAAUGAUUGGAGUAUACGUCUCUGGCAGCAGGACCAUUUACAACCUGUGCUCAACUUCUUCUCAUCUACGAAAUCUGUUAUGGAUGUAUGCUGGUCACCGACUUCUGCUUCUGUGUUCGGUUGUGUCAAUGAAGGUGCUAUUGAGAUUUGGGAUGUGGACCAAAAUACAUUGGAUCCGUUAAUAGUGUCAGUUCCUGCUCCGGGAGUGAAGUUGUCCUGCCUUACAUUCGCUCACAACUCAGAUUGUAUCCUGGUUGGUGACUCUGAAGGCCAAGUGUCUGUGUUCCAGUUACGGUGCAUGCCCUCAGUGGCACACGAUCAGACAGAGAAACUUUCUCAGUUAAUCGAGCAGACACUCGCCAGCAAACUCAACAAACACUGAAGAAUACCAAGAAAAUGCCUGAAAACUAUUACUGACACAUGUGCAAAUACAC